AUGGCUGCGGAGCAUACCGUCACCCAGGCCCUGCUGGAAUGGGUUAACAGUUUCGCCUUGGGCAAGACUAUCCGGACGACCGAGGAGUUGUCGGAUGGCACCAUCAUCUGGGAAAUCCUGCAGGAUAUCGAUCCGCAGUAUUUCCUCGAUGAGAUCCCCCAGCGCGCCCCGUCCGACCACUGGCUAUCCAAAUGGCAGAACCUGAAACAUAUCCACAAGUUGCUCGUCAACUACAUCCGCCAACAGCCCGAUGGCAUGCCCACAGGUCUCGACCCCAACCCCAACCUCGAAUUGGUCGCCGAGAAGAACUCCGUCAAGGAGGCCAACAAACUCCUGAAGCUCCUUCUGAUCGCCGCCAUCCGCUCUCCCAACGCGCAGACCUACGUCGAAACCCUUCAGAGCCUAAGUACCCCGACGCAAGAAACCCUGAAAAACAUCUUCGAGGAAGCUCAAAAUGGUCAGCAUGAGGCUAUUGAUGGUGAGGACGACGUCAAGGAGGAGCGGGAUCUGCCCGUCGACCCCGAACUGCAGUUUGAAGAGCGGGUAGGAAAGGUGUUGGCGGAGAAUAACCGGAUGGCGCGUGAGAAAAAGGACAUGCAGAAGCAGAUCGAUGAUAUGCACGAUCGCCUGGCGCGCCUCCAGGAGAACAAUGACACCUUACAAAGCCGGCUUGCAUCGACCGAGGAUCGACUAGUCAACUUGAGGUCUGGGAAGGGUGAUCUUGGACUCAGUGCAAAGGCUCUUGAGUCCAAAUCCCGUCAACAGGAAGACAUCAUCGCAACCCAGGAAGCAAGGCUAGCUACAGCGCAGGAUGAGAUCGACAGUCUACGCAUGACGGUGGAGUCAUUACGCGUCAAGAACCAACGAUUCCAGAAGCUCCAGGAUGACUAUGACGAGCUGAAGACUGAGCGAGACCAACUCGCUCGCAAGGCGAACGCAGCCGAAAAGUACCGCCAGAAGCUGCAGGCUAGCCAGGACUUCGAGAAAGAGAACCAGUCACUCAAGAACCAGAUUAAAGACUUCCAGCAACAGCUCAAGGAGGCGGAUUCGCAGCAGAAAUGGAACUCCGAGCGUGAGGUGGAGCUUGAAGAAUACCGCAGAGUUUUGCCUCGCAUUGAGCAGGAGUGCAGUGAAAUCCAGAACCUGAAGAAGCAACUCGAAUUUAACAAUCAUGCCCUCACAGAGCGUCUUAGUAACGCCGAUGAGCAGCGCGAACGUGAUGAUGCUUUGAUAAGUGAGCUCCGUGAGCGAAUCCGUGAAUUGGAAGGUUCUCCUGGAAGCCCAUCCCUGACGCCGGGUACCGAGACUCCCAAGCUCGAGGGAACUCUACAGAAAGACUUUGAGGCGAUCGGUGUGAAGGAAUCACAGCUGUUAGGAGACCUUGUGCUGCAGCAACGGAGAUCUAGGCUAACUCGCUACAGGAAAUCUGAGAAUGAAGAGCUGAAAAAGGAAGUGGAAUCCCUCAAAGGGCCAUCCGUAUGUUUACGUAUUACGACUAAUAUCACCUUAUCUCAGGCCGCUAACAAUGUACCACAGGUCGGAUUGGACUUUUCCGAGGCUUUCAAUGAAACACUGCAACAAGCUCGUGCAAACUCUUCGCAGAGUGAUGAUUAUUGGAAGUUGUACGACCAGUAUACCUCUGCCCUCAAGAGAUUGGCCGAAGCCCAAGAAGCUCUCGACGUAUCCAAGAGAUCGCUGAACGAUGCGCUGGCAGAAAUCGAAUUGUCCAAUAAAGAGAACUUGGAUCUCAUCGCUGAGAUCAAAGCGAGCAGCGCAGCAGAUUUGACCAAGGCUCGCGAAGGAGAAGAUGAUGCUAUGCGCAGACUGUACAAUCUGCAGGCCGAGCUUGAUUCAACCCAGGCUUUAGUCCAAGUCACAUGUGCCGAACGUGACGAUCUGCGAAACUUGCUCGAGAAGAAGCAAGCCGAGUUCCGUGCGGAAGAUCACGAAGCCGCAGAGGAAAUGAAGAAGCUGCUGGCCGAACUCACUGCACAGGAAAAUGGCGAUGAUCAGGAAGCUGCUCAGAAGUCGGCUGUAGAGCUCAUUAGACAGGUCGCCGCACAGAUUGAGAAGAAUCUGGAAAGGCUGGCGAAGCGCGCAGAGUAUAUCCACCAACAGAACGAACACAUCAAGUUCCUCCAAGAGCGGAUAAAGCAACUCGAAGAGGAUACGGAUGAUGGAAUUAGCAAAGAGCGCGAGCUCGAACUCCAGAAGAUAAUCGAUGCUCAAGCGCGGGAGCUGACUUUGAUGAGCUCCUCCUGGUACGAACUCCAGAACCGAUUACAAAACAGCAAUAUCGGCCUGGCCCGGUACCGGAAUGGAUCCCUAGCCGAUGCUCAGAAGGGCUGGCUAGCCAGGCAAAGAAGCGUGGUCGCUGGUCGAUAA